AUGGCAAGUGCGGAUCUGGGCCUCAUCGGCCUUGCUGUCAUGGGACAGAACCUUAUUCUGAACAUGGCUGACAACGGCUUCACCAUCUGCGCCUUCAACCGAACCGUCUCCAAGGUCGACCGAUUCCUGGAAAACGAGGCUAAGGGCAAGUCCGUUGUCGGCGCCAAGACUGUUGAGGAGUUUGUCAGCAAGCUCAAGUCUCCUCGCCGUGUCAUGCUCCUGGUCCAGGCUGGCCAGGCUGUCGACGACUGGAUUGAGAAGAUCCUACCCCUCCUUGACGCCGGCGAUAUCAUCAUCGACGGUGGUAACUCUCACUUCCCCGACUCUAACCGGCGCACCAAGUAUCUUGCUGGCAAGAACAUCCGCUUCGUCGGCUCUGGUGUCUCUGGUGGUGAGGAGGGUGCCCGAUAUGGCCCCUCUCUCAUGCCCGGUGGCAAUGAGGAGGCAUGGCCUCACAUCAAGGACAUCUUCCAGAGCAUUGCCGCCAAGAGCGACGGCGAGGCUUGCUGUGAAUGGGUUGGCGACGAGGGUGCUGGCCACUAUGUCAAGAUGGUUCAUAACGGUAUUGAGUACGGUGAUAUGCAACUCAUCUGCGAGGCUUACGACAUCAUGAAGCGCGGUCUCGGUCUCUCCAGCAAGGAGAUCGGCGACGUCUUCGCCAAGUGGAACAAGGGUGUUCUGGACUCUUUCCUGAUUGAGAUCACCCGAGAUAUCAUGUACUUCAACGACGACGAUGGCACUGCCCUCGUUGAGAAGAUUCUCGACAAGGCCGGCCAGAAGGGUACCGGCAAGUGGACCGCCGUCAACGCUCUUGACCUUGGCCAGCCCGUGACCCUCAUCGCCGAGGCUGUCCUUGCCCGAUGCCUGUCUGCCAUCAAGGACGAGCGCGCCACCGCUUCCACCAAGCUUGAGUUCGUCAGCCGAACAACCAAGUUCGAGGGCGACAAGGAGCAGUUCCUCGAGGAUCUCGAGCAGGCCCUGUACGCAUCCAAGAUUAUCUCUUAUGCUCAGGGCUUCAUGCUCAUGCAGGAAGCUGCUCGUGAGUUUAACUGGAAGCUCAACAAGCCUUCCAUUGCCCUCAUGUGGCGAGGUGGUUGCAUUAUCCGAUCCGUCUUCCUCAAGGAUAUCACCCACGCCUACCGCUCCCAGCCCGACCUCCAGAACCUUCUGUUUGAUGACUUCUUCAACAAGGCCAUCCACAAGGCUCAGCCCGGCUGGCGAGACGUUGUUUCCAAGGCUGCCCUCCUUGGUAUCCCCACCCCCGCCUUCUCUACCGCUUUGUCCUGGUUUGACGGUUACCGCACCAAGGACCUCCCCGCCAACCUUCUCCAGGCUCAGCGUGACUACUUCGGUGCUCACACCUUCCGCAUCAAGCCCGAGAAUGCUAGCGACAAGUACCCCAAUGGCCAGGACAUUCACGUCAACUGGACCGGCCGUGGCGGUAACGUCUCUGCUUCUACUUACCAGGCUUAA